GCGGACACGCCCCCUCGCCCGCGGCCCCCUCCCCGCCUCUCUCCGCCGCUUCUCUAGCUCCCCGGUCAGAGGGCCGGAGCGAGAAGAUGGCGAAGACGUACGAUUAUCUGUUCAAGCUGCUGCUGAUCGGCGAUUCGGGGGUGGGCAAGACUUGCCUCCUAUUCCGCUUCUCCGAGGACGCCUUCAACACCACCUUCAUCUCCACCAUCGGAAUUGAUUUUAAAAUCAGAACGAUAGAACUAGAUGGAAAGAAAAUUAAGCUUCAGAUAUGGGACACAGCGGGUCAGGAAAGAUUUCGAACCAUCACAACAGCAUACUAUAGAGGAGCCAUGGGAAUUAUGCUGGUCUAUGACAUCACAAAUGAAAAGUCCUUCGACAAUAUUAAAAACUGGAUAAGAAACAUUGAAGAGCAUGCCUCUUCAGACGUUGAAAGAAUGAUCCUGGGUAACAAGUGUGAUAUGAAUGACAAAAGACAAGUGUCAAAAGAAAGAGGAGAGAAGUUAGCAAUUGACUAUGGGAUUAAAUUCUUGGAGACAAGUGCAAAAUCCAGUACAAAUGUAGAAGAGGCAUUUUUUACACUUGCACGGGAUAUAAUGACAAAACUCAACAGAAAAAUGAAUGACAGCAAUUCAUCAGGGGUAGGUGGACCAGUGAAAAUAACAGAAAACCGAUCAAAGAAGACCAGUUUCUUCCGUUGCUCGCUACUUUGAUGAACUCUUUCUGAGAGACUGCAGCACACCUAAAGGACCCUUUCCGGCUUCUCUGAAAGCACAGGUCAGCCAGCCUCAGAACCACACCGCCCGGCUGCUGCGGAGAACACCACUGAACCUAGACUUCUCGACACAGAACGCCACGUGGGUUCCAGCCUCGUGGCCUAGAAAGAUAACAGGCUCCUUUUUUCAAACAUGGAAGCAAUGAAGUGGAGACAUACGCAGGACUUAACUUGUUUUUUCUUUGGUUUGUCCCAGAAGCUGCUAUCUUUCUUUUUCACUUUGCACAUCAGUGUUAGCCUCUCCCUGCUACAGCACAGUCUCAGACUCGUAUCUGCACACUUUUGCCUUGUGAAGUUCUAGACAAACUUGUGCACUUGGGGGUGUUUGAAAAAAGUAAAACAUUUAACGCAGAGAUUAAUAUGCUAAAACUAAAAGAUGUUGGGUCUGGUUCAUGUGGCCAAAUGUUAUUGCAUUGAUAGAAUUUUUUUAAGGGCUCUAGUUUGUGAUUUCCUUCAAUAAGAAUCAUUAAAUUCUGAUAAAAUUCAUCUUAAAAGUUCAUAAAAAUGUCCAUCUAUUCAUCAGAGGCCGCAAUUUAUUUCUCCAGGUGGUUGAGAAUUUUGCUUCAUUCCUGGCCUUUUGGUCAGAGAGUUUGGGUAGCUGAAGAAAUCACUUUUUCAAUUGAUUACCUCUGCCUCAUCUGUAGAAGCUACAUUUGGAAAUCACCUUAAGCUCACUUUUCCUGGGGUUUGUAUUCACUGUUCUUUCCUAUUUUUGACCUGUUGUAACUGCUCAGUUAUCUAAAACAUAACAUAUUUGAACAUUGUUGUCUGUUUCUAAUUGUGAACUUCUUGAGCUGAAUUUUAUACAGGCAGAGAGAUGUACCAUUUGGGUUUUAUUUCAGCGUCCUAUUGUUCCAUCACAUCAGCAUAUGUAAUAUAUUUUUUUCUUAGGUUCACUCCCUAGCUUGCUGGUUUCGUUUGUAAUACCCAGUUCCUACUGUAAUCCCUGUCUGCAAGAGUUAACAAGAAUUAUAUUUAGACCUUUGUUCGUAGAAAGCUUACCUACAGGGAGAGAGAUUAACUUGUUGAUAUAAAUUUAAUAGAGAUAGCUCUUGGUGAUGGUAAACAUAAAGAUUUUUUAUUCUGGUUUUAUUUGGGCUUCUUUUUUUUUUUUUUAAAUAAAGAUAAUUAGACCUAGACCUAGUGCAGCCUCUAGGAAAAGUCUUGCCCUUUUGUUAGAGAAAAUAUGAGUAAGGUUUCCAUUCUAAAACAGCUGUUGUUGAAUGUGUAGAACCCAGUUCCAUCUGUUCAGGUUCAUUGUUACAGAACUUGGUCCAGUCAUUUGGGUCAAAGCCAACCAAGAGCUUAGCUGCCUUUCUCACCAAACACUGGUACUGGUAUACCUUUUGUAGAUGUGCCAAAUUCAGAUAAUUUUGACAUUGCUUUUAUCCUAGCCUUCAGUGUCAAAACACAGAAGGGAGUAAUAAAUCGGUGAUUAGGGAAAUGAACUCUCUUAAUAAUCACUCUUCCUGUUAGGUCCUUUUUGUUUCAUGGAGGGUACCACCAUGCUUGAUAGUUUAGAGUGGAGGGGAAAAUGGAAAUGGAUUGCUUGUUACCACAGAGCAUUGUGCUUCAAAUUAAGACAUAGUGUUAGAAUGCUUGGACCAGUCAACCUUAAUUUAGUACUUGUUUGAAAACUUACGUCCAGUUUAGCAGCAGCAAAUAUACCAGAGCUAUUUUUGAUGGAUACGCUAAACUUAAUGUUGACAAAUUUCAGCCUUCUUGAUUUUUUUUUUUUUUUUUAUUUACCUAUCGGUUUAGAGGCACCUGCUGGUGUCCCAGUAUAAUCAGUAAUUGCUCGAUUGAAAGCUGAUUGUACAUCUACCAUCUUAAAAUUAGAUACAUUUUUGGAAAGAAAAAAUAAUUUCUUAGAAACAUCUUGUCUUUGCUAAUUUUCCGAAAAAAUAUCCAAGCGGUUAAGCUUUCUGAAUGGUAACAAAGUACUUUCUAAAAGGCAAGUGCUAUGACACCAUGUAUGAAUGUAAUUCUAGUAAUUUACCUCUGACUAUUUGGUGUCUUAACACUUUGGUUUAUAUCUCAGGGGUUGUCUGCAAACCAAAACUGACAUUUUCUGUGGUUAGACUUUUUUUUUUUAACAGAAUGCUUUGCUUCUGAUUUAUUCCUUCUCUCUUCUUUUGUCUUAUAUGGGUUAAUAAUUAGUCUCCAUGAAUUUCCCUUUGAAAGAGCCUGUAAAAGUGAUGAGUCUAAAAGUGCUCUUUGAAGUAGCAGCAAUUUGGGGAUAUAUGCUCUGUUAUAUAGAAAUAAAUUGUCCUUGCUAUUUUCUUACAUGUAGCUUUGCUGAAUUGUAUAUAAUUUGAGCUAAGACCAUAGGAAAUUCCCUUUCUGCAUGGUAAAAUGCCCCAAUAAAUACUCCACUUUGCUUCAUAAUGUACCUACAGUGCAUUAUUUUUUCUAUUUGUAGAUGAAUUUAGUGACAGAUAAUUGUCUGUUCCCUGCUGAAACUGAAGAAAUCUAGUUUUGCGUGAACAUGUUUGUGGUCUUAGGGGAAAGGUACACGCAGACUUUGGCAGCAGUUAGUGGUUCGGUGGCUGCACUUUAUUGUCCGUGUGCGAAUUUUUGACAAUGAUUGGACUAGACCUUUUCAAAUAGAGUCUGAGGAUGACAGACCAUGAAAAUGUGCUGUAACUAAGUUAGCAUGUAAACCAGUUGAUUGUAAGACGUUUCGCUGGGAAUUUAUUUUCGCUAUGUUUUACUUCAUACAGAUUAUGAGAAAAUAACCACCUGUGCGUCGGUUAGGAGGUGCCACAGGGUUUCUUACUAUUUACGUGAGCAUUUUGUGCAGUCUUUGUUAUAAAUGUUCCGAAGACUAUACUCUUUACUCUGAAGGACUAUUUUUUAAUUAUACCUCAUUUAGCUAACUAGUAUUCUAAUACCUGGUAGAAAAACAGUGAGCCAGCCUUUAAGCAUCCGGCACCAUUUAGAUUUUAUGUUUUGUUUUGGACUAAAGACAUCAUUGGAAGAGGUAGGAGAUAGUUUACUUUAGAAUAGAACAUACACGUCAUAUCCACUUAGUGCAAAAAAGGUAUUCUCGCCCUGUCUACAUUAAGAAAUUUAGCUGUGCAAUAUAGAUAAAUGUUUGCAGAAAUUUCUAAGUAAGAGAUUAUAACUCCAUUUUACGGAUUCUGAAUGCUGAGAAUCUGUAUUAAGACUUACAAAGUUUUUCCUGUGAACAGUAAGUGAUACAUUUAAGGAGACUUUCUUUUCUAGUUCAUGACUUAGAUUUCUUUAUAAAUUUAGUACUUAAUCUUUAAAGAUGGACUUCUGAGCUUCAAAUUUUAAAACAGCAUUUCAUUACGUUGGUUUACUUAGCUCAGAUUUUAAGCACUCAUUUCUGCUGUCGGGUUUUUUAGAAUUUUUCUUUUAACAGAAAGGACCAUUCCUUUUCCUUCUUGUGAUAUCCAAAGAAGGGAGGAAAAAGGAAUGUCUAAAAAUGAAAUUCCUUGUCCUAGAGGUACAUGAUAUGCUAAUAAAAAUUUAAAUCCCAGCACAAUUUUACAGGAGAAUCAGUCUUUUUUUUUUUAGACUAAUAAUAUUAACGGGAGUCAUGUUCAAUAUGAAAAAAUUCUAAAUGACUGAAAUUUACAGAAGUGAAAAUUAGCAAACAGUUAUUUUAGGGAUAUUUUCAAAUUUUACUUUGUUUUUUGCAAUGCUUGUGCCAUAUGCAAUUGCAUUUCUUAUUGCCAAGAACUAAUAGAAACUUCUUGUUUCAUUUUCUUACCUUUUUUGAAAUGUGAAUUUAAUUAUUAUAAUUCAUUCCUAUGGCCUUACAGAUGGGUUUUAUUUUGUUUGUUUGCAGCUGACACUGUAGUUCCUUUAAUGCAAAACGCCAUAAACGAUUUGACUAAAAUCAUGCCCCUAGUGGGAAAUAUCUAGUCUUUCCAUAGAAUUGUCCUAUUGUGUAUGUUUCGGCAUUUUUUUUUCUUUCUUUCUUUUUUUUUUUUUUUU